CGUGCGGUUUCAGGGAAUCUGCAGUAUUAUUUUGGGGCCUCCCUCGCCAGUUCGUUCUCCAGUGGAGAUAUCUGGCCCUUAGACAGCUCUCGCGUCUUUACACAGAGUGUCCCCAGAGCUAUGGCCGAAUACUCGUAUGUGAAGUCCACCAAACUCGUGCUCAAGGGAACCAAGGCUAAGAGUAAGAAGAAAAAGAGUAAAGAGAAGAAGAGAAAAAGAGAAGAAGAUGAAGAAACUCAACUUGAUAUCGUUGGAAUCUGGUGGACAGUAACAAAUUUUGGUGAAAUAUCAGGAACCAUAGCAAUUGAAAUGGAUAAAGGAACCUACAUACAUGCACUUGACAACGGACUUUUUACACUGGGAGCUCCACAUAAAGAAGUUGAUGAAGGCCCAAGUCCUCCAGAGCAGUUUACAGCUGUCAAAUUGUCUGAUUCCAGAAUUGCCCUGAAAUCUGGCUAUGGAAAAUACCUAGGUAUUAAUUCAGAUGGACUUGUUGUGGGGCGUUCAGAUGCAAUUGGACCAAGAGAACAAUGGGAACCAGUCUUUCAAGAUGGGAAAAUGGCUUUAUUGGCCUCAAAUAGCUGCUUUAUUAGAUGCAAUGAAGCAGGUGAUAUAGAAGCAAAGAGUAAAACAGCAGGAGAAGAAGAAAUGAUAAAGAUUAGAUCCUGUGCUGAAAGAGAAACUAAGAAAAAAGAUGAUAUUCCAGAAGAAGACAAAGGAAAUGUUAAACAGUGUGAAAUCAAUUACGUAAAGAAAUUUCAGAGCUUCCAAGACCACAAACUUAAAAUAAGUAAAGAAGAUAGUAAAAUUCUCAAAAAGGCCCGGAAAGAUGGAUUUUUGCAUGAAACACUUCUGGACAGGUUUUCUGUCAUAAAGCAAGAGAUGAUACUCUGUGAACCCUGUGUGUCUUGUGCAGCUUAUGGAAUCUCUUAUUGCUUUACAUUCUUACUUUAUAUUACUUUAUACCACUGAUGCUUAAUUAGGACCUUUAAAAGGAAGUUAGAAGCUCCCAAUCCAGUCAACAAGGCUUUGAUUCUGCCUCCUAAAUCCAAAUCACACAAGCCAAACAGAUAUCAAACAAAGUGGGUGGGAAGAGAGAAAGAAAUCAGGUAUUAGGCAGUAGGAUGGGAAUAAGAAACAUUACAAGAGAAGUAGGCUCUGAACGGAGAAUAAGAAGAAAAUUGGGAAAAUUCCCUACGUAGAGACUGGAUUGGAUGAGAAUGGAGCUAUUAAAGAGGUUCAGAUACUAUACAUCGCUGAGGUCUGCUAUGCUGAGACACUUUUAUUCCUAGCCUGUGUCUCUCUGAAUUCCUGAACACAGUAUUCCAGAUGUCACCUGACCCUGUGAGUGUUCCAGAAUGCAGGUUGUGUAUCAGAUGCCUGGGCUCCACCCCUGGGAAUUCUGCUUCAGAAGGACUGAGUCUGGCUGAUGCAUCUCUAUGUUUUUAUGAUUCCCCGUGGAUGAUGCACAGCCAGGAUUGAGACCUGGCCUAAGUGCCAGACCUGUCUAGUUCUCAGCCAUUGUAUUCCUUUGGUCACUAGCUCUGGAGUUAGAUAGCCACUCUCCAGCAAGUAAGGUAAGCUUACCAGUAGCAACCUUAUAAAGGAGCUCUUGCUGUAAAUCUAGUCCUAAAUCGUCAUUCCAGUUCAGUAGCUGGUUAUCCACCCCCCCCAUCUUGUGUUCUUCUUCCUCUGAUCCUUAGGCUAGGAACAUGCUUACUACUUAGACAGCUGAAAGCAGUGGUUCUCAACCGGGGCCCAGUGUGGCUCUAAGGGGUUGUCACAGCUGAGAGAAGAGGUGCUACUGGCAUUUAGGGUUACAGACUGGGAAUGCUGCUUAACAUCCCACAAGGCACAGGACAGUACCCCCCCAUAAGAAAAAAUUUUCCAGCCCAAGAUAGUAACUGCCAAGUUUCUGACACCUGCCCUUGGACUUAGUCUGUUUCUUGCUUUUGUCAGCUCCCAGCCCCUAAAAAUAAAUAGUAGUUCAAAUUUAUAUAUGUAAGAAUCACCUGAGGUACCUGUAGAUUUUCAAGAAUCAUCCAUAAGAUGCCAGCUUAGCAAGUCUAGGAUUGUGUCCUAGAAUUGACAUUUUAACUAGCACUCCAUGUAAUUCUGAAGCAAAUGAUCUGAAAUACACUUUAAGAAACACUGCCCUCAAGAGAUUGAAGUCUUGCCUCCAACACUAGCUCGGUACCUGAGACCAUCUGCCAGCUGACUGAUUUCCCUGGAACAAGCAUUCAUUCUAUCUGCCUCAAUUUCAGAACAUAGUGUAUUCCUGGAUUCCCUGUCACCAUGCUCACCCUCAAGCUCCCCCAGGUCUUGUCCUUUUCAGAGAGCAAAACUAAUUUCAGGUCCUAAUACCUGGGAAGAUAGAUUAAAAAUAUGCACUGCCUGCCCUCUGGAGUUUAUGCGCUACUGAAGGAGGAGAGCAAGAAAAAAUCACAGGUAAUAGAUAAGUGUUCUUCCCAAUUUCUAUGAUUACACUUGACUCCAACCCUCAUUACAGCACUGAGGGUAAUCUGGCAGAGUGACAGGAGUCAAGAAUAAUAUAUCUAAAUAUUGUCGUCUGGUCCACAUUUUUCUUCUUGUGCAAAAGGAUGUCGUGAAACUUGUUCAAAGCACUGUCAAAGUCAAGAUGGAUUCUGGUCAAGCAUUCCCCUGAUUUACCAGUCCAGUAGCCAUGUCAGAAAGGCUUUAUAUAUGAUAAAAAACAAUAACCAAAGAAAAAGCUCCCCUACACCUAUAUUUUUUUGACUGCUCACAUUUCAGAUCAUUUCAGUUGUUCUUUUCUUCAAGUUUACUGACUCACUUUUUUUUAUCGUCUCCAAAUUGCUGUUACACACAUCUAGUGAUUUUUAAAUCUCAAGACAUUAUUUUUCAUUUCUAGAAUCUAUUUGAUCCUAUUGUUGUUAAUAGAUUCUAUUUCUGCUGAAAUUUCCUAUCCAUUUACUGCUUUUCUAUACAUUUAUUUCUUUGUUUUUGGGUAGAGUUACAAUAGCUUCUUAAAAAUUCUUGUCUACUGAUUCCAACAUCUGGAUCAUCUUAGAGUCCGUCUCCACUGAUGGUUGAGUAUGUUUCUUCAUAUAUCUGAUGAGAUUAUAUCGUAGACAUUGUGAAUAAAACAUUGUAGAAACUG